AUGGAAGCUAACAAACUUAGAUUGCUCUUUUUUUGUGUAUGUUAUCUUGCUAUUUUCCCUACGUUCGAGGCUAACAUAGCUCACUUCGACCCUUACUGGCAAAGUCGAUCACAUGAAGCUAAAAAGGCGGCACACAAGGCUUACAAGCCAAAUCCUGUGAAUGAAACUGCUAAUUUCAAUAUGCAAGUCCACAAGGCUUUUGAAGUUUCCCAUGGCACAAGGAGGAGUUUAUUAAAUCACAGAAAAAGGGGUCCGUGCGAAGCAACAAAUCCCAUCGAUAGUUGUUGGAGAUGCGAUCCACAUUGGGAAAAGAACCGCAAAAGGCUAGCAGAUUGUGUUAUUGGUUUUGGUCACGGCACAACAGGAGGCAAAGAUGGCAGAUUUUAUGUUGUCACUGAUCCAUCUGACAAUGAUCUUGUCAACCCAAAACCGGGGACUUUGCGACAUGCAGCCAUUCAAACCGAGCCAUUAUGGAUCAUUUUUCAACAUCAUAUGAAUAUUAAACUGAAGUCAGAGCUUAUGCUGACCGAUAAUAAGACCAUAGAUGGACGCGGUGUAAACGUUCAUAUUAGUGGUGGUGCUCAAAUAACAAUGCAAUAUGUGAAAAACAUUAUCAUUCACGGGUUACACGUUCAUGAUACUAAACCAUGCAGUGGUGGCCUCAUCAGAGACUCGUUGAGUCACUUUGGACAACGUUCGAUGAGUGAUGGUGAUGGAAUUUCAAUGUUUGGAGUUUCUCAUGUUUGGCUAGAUCAUAUUUCAUUGUGGAACUGUUCUGAUGGUUUGAUUGAUGCCGUAGCAGGAUCAACAGCUAUUACCAUUUCCAACUGCCAUAUGACACAUCAUAACGACGUAAUUAACAUCACAUCUACUCACUAUUUUGUUAUGUUAUUUGGAGCAAGUGAUUCAUUCCCAGGAGAUCAAAUUUCGCAAAUAACUGUGGCUUUCAACCAUUUUGGGAAAGGAUUGAUACAGAGGAUGCCAAGAUGCAGAUGGGGUUUCUUUCAUAUUGUUAACAAUGACUACACUCAUUGGCUUAUGUAUGCCAUUGGUGGUAGCACACAUCCCACCAUACUCAGCCAGGGUAACCGGUUUAUCGCUCCUCCAAACCCAAAUGCAAAAGAGGUGACAAAGAGAGAUUAUGCACCUGAAAGUGUGUGGAAGAAAUGGAGUUGGAGAUCAGAGAAUGACUUGCUGAUGAAUGGAGCCUUCUUUGUUCAGUCCGGAACUAAGGCUGCAAAUUUUCCUAAGUCAGACAUCAAGGCAAAGCCUGGGAGUUAUGCUGCAGCUCUUACUCGCAAUGCCGGUUUUCUAAAAUGUGAAGUAAACAAGCCAUGUUAA